AGGAUACAUGUUAUGUGCCUGUGCUUUUUCUGACUGUGAUCCAAAAGGGGGCCCGAGGCGUGUGGGGUCUGUCCUCAGCCUGCACAGGUCAGUCAUACUUCGCAUUCUUUGACUUUCAUAGCCAACAGUCAGUGCCGGGCGGGGGUUGCUCGGGCAGGACGCCGGGGCGGAGCCCCCACGUAUGGUAUCAUGCAUGAGCAAUGCAUCCGAAGUGGGGACGGUAUCUCUCCAGGCUGCCGCUGUCUGCGGGACCGAGAUACAGAUGGACCGAAGGCCUUGGUCUGUAUCCAAUUAGAAGCCACCGGUGACCCAGAAGAUAGGUGAAAGGUGAGGCCGAGAGAGGCAGCUGCCGGCCUUGAUCCUGAGCCGCAGGUCUUGGCGCUGUUCCAGCUUUCAAUUUCAUGAGCAGGAAAAUCGAAACUUGAGCUCAGCUGAGACUCAGUCAGAGGUGUGUCCCUCUCGCCCGUGUGAUAGGCUGGCCCAGUGCAUAUAAACAGAAUCCCCGGGUGCCGUGCAGCCCCGGGGCACACGGCCACCAUGUGGAUGCUGGCGCCCUUUGCUCUUGCUGGAAAGCUGCUGAGUGCCCUCCGGAAGCCACUAGGCUCUCUGUGGGGCAGCGUGGUCCCCUGGUUCUUCUGGCUCAAGUCAGCACUCUGGCUGGCAGGGGGCAAGAACACCCGCUUGCCACCUCCGAGGGGCCAGGGAGAACGGCAGGAGAGCCGAGGGGAGGAGGAGGAGGGCCCGGACCUGCCCACCACCCCGACCAGCGUCAACUACCACUUCACCCGCCAGUGCAACUAUAAGUGUGGCUUCUGCUUCCACACGGCCAAGACGUCCUUCGUGCUGCCCCUGGCGGAGGCCAAGCGAGGGCUUCGGAUGCUGCAGGCAGCCGGGAUGGAGAAGAUAAACUUUUCGGGCGGAGAGCCGUUUAUUCACGACCGCGGCGAGUACCUGGGCAAGCUGGUGAGGUUCUGCAAAGAGGAACUGCGGCUGCCCAGCGUGAGCAUCGUGAGCAACGGGAGCCUGAUCCACGAGCGCUGGUUCCAGAACUACGGUGAGUAUCUGGACAUCCUCGCCAUCUCCUGUGACAGCUUCGAUGAACAAGUCAAUGUCCUCAUCGGCCGUGGUCAAGGAAAGAAGAACCAUGUGGAAAAUCUUCAGAAACUGAGGGCGUGGUGUCGCGAUUACAGAGUGGCCUUCAAGAUAAAUUCUGUCAUUAAUCGAUUCAACGUAGAUGAGGAUAUGAGGGAGCCCGUUAAAGCCUUGAAUCCUGUCCGCUGGAAAGUGUUCCAGUGCCUCCUGAUUGAGGGCGAGAAUUCCGGAGAGGAAGCUCUGAGGGAAGCGCAACAAUUCGUUAUCAGCGACGAAGAAUUUGAAGGAUUCUUAGACCGCCACAACGAGGUGUCCUGCCUGGUGCCCGAGUCCAACCAGAAGAUGAAGGAUUCCUACCUUAUUCUGGAUGAGUAUAUGCGCUUCCUAAAUUGUAGGAAUGGACGGAAGGACCCUUCCAAGUCAAUCCUGGAUGUUGGUGUAGAGGAAGCUAUCAAAUUCAGUGGAUUUGAUGAAAAGAUGUUUCUGAAGCGAGGAGGGAAGUAUGUGUGGAGCAAGGCAGAUCUGAAGCUGGACUGGUAGAGCUGGACAAGGAGCCAACAUCCCCCCACCGGUGGGGACUCUCAGACUCCAGGUGUGGCAACUUCCAGGAGCGGCACUUCCUGUCGGCGUUUUGCUAUGGCCCCAGAGCUGAUUUUCUGUUGCGCAGGCUCUCCGAUUAUCUGUGGUACCUGAACACACGAAUCACUUGGGCCAUCAAAACCCACAUAUAAUGCCAAGCCAUUAACUUUAGUUAAUUUGCUUAUUUGAAAUUUUGGUUUUUGAGCAGUGUUUUCUGGGACUCCUGGUUCCCCAGUUUUGAUGUUCUGUUUCCAAUCCUUUCAUUUCAUAGAGUCAAGUUGUUGUUUUUUGUUUUUCUGCUAAAUACGAAGAUGCCAAUUUUCACACCUAGAGCCAGUACAAAAUCUCUCCCCCAACUGCUCUGCUUGUUGUAAUGCUCUUUCCUUUCUGCCUUUCUACCACUGAAGUCUUGGACUCUUUACCCAGAGGUCUAGAAAUGGUCAGCACAUGUUUCAAAGAGUAGGCAAUGAUCACCUUUCCAGUUUCCAGUAAGUACCUCGAAGGAGAUGGUUGGUCUUCCCGUGCUCUGCACGACCCUGGCCCGCGCCGACUGUUCUGUGAAUGUGAGCCAUCUCUGCUGCUCUCCUUCCUUCCCAAGAGUCGCAGCUAAAGCAGCAAACCCUGUGCACUUCGUGACAAAGCUGACACAGGGUCCGUGCUUGGGUUGCCUUACGAACCUCUUACUCCUGCCACCUGAGUCUGCCAAGUGAGUUCUGCCAAAUGAGUUCAUUGGAAUAGACAGUUGUCCCCACAUCUCUGAGAAAUGAUGCCUUAUGGCUCAGAUGGUUAAGCCUUCAGCUCAUGCCACGACCUCCAGGUCCUGGGAUCGAGCCCUGCAUCGGGCUUCUGGCUAAGCGGGGAGCCUGCUUCUCCCUCUGCCUGCCGCUCCCCCUGCUUGUGCUCCCUCUGCUUCUCUGUCUUCCUCCCUUUCUCUCCCUCUCAAAGUGAUUUUUUUUUUUAAAUCUAAAAAAAAAAAAAAAAAAAGAAGGAAAAAGAAAGAGAGGAAGGGCGGGGGGAAGGUGGGCAUCUUACUAGAUGGACCUGUUGUGUUAGGAAAAGCACUGGACUGGGAUGUAGGAAGGCACGUAUGGAAGCGUCUGGAAUGUACCUGGAUUUUAUGUCAGUGAAGCCAGGGCACCAUAUCAUAGGUCUGCACUAACUCUGAAUCACUGGCAGUAAGGACAUAAUUUCAGUCAGUAGGAGAAGGGCCUUCCUUUUUCAGCUUCUUUGGGAAAUGUCACCUAAACUGGGUCAGGGAACAAAGUUGUCUCCUUGUGGAAAUAUCAGUGCAGCUGGUUUAUGUAAUUUAGACAGUAUCUCCUUGCCUGGAAAACAACAAUUUCCUAUCAUUGUUUCAGAAAAGCAAAAUCAUGGAAAAUUUUUUUGCCCAAGCGGGCAAGUUUCAAUCUAGCUGCCAUACCAGUAUGGGUCACUAGGUGGCAGUAAAUGUCGCCUGAGUCCAUAAAGCAGCGACACACAAUCCCACUUAAUCUACUUUCCAGACUCGGUGGUUUUGAAAGUUUGGUUUUUGAAAAUUUUUUGUUUGUUUGUCAGAAAACAUAUUUAUACUUCAUAUUUUAAGUCACUAUAAUUCAACUGAAUAUUUUUGUGUCUCAUCUCAAGCAAGGUAACAUAAAUGGGUAAAAUAAAUAUAUAAAUAUAUAAAUGAAAUGAAAUUUUAAAAUUAAUUAACUAAUUUUAAAUUUCAUUUACUUUUAAAAAAUUAAUGAAUUUUAAAAUUAAUUAAUUAAUUUUAAAUUAAAUUAAAUUAAUUUUAAAGCCUUUUUAAAAACAGGAUAGGUCGUCAUGUAUUUUUCCAUUUUACUUUAUGUUAUGCUUUAAGAGAAAAAUGAACUAGAAAGCUUUUUUCCUGUCUGGGUUUUGACAGCUACUAAGCUAGAAUUACCUUAAUAUAAUCUGUAUAAAUAUAAAAGGUUUUUUGUUUGUUUUUUUUUUUCUUUAAUGUAACAUAAGCACACUUUGCUGAUACUCACAUUACUCAGCAAGAGCGAGUUCAGCAAAGAGAGACCACAGAUGUGGAAGCCCUGCAGACAUUGACUGGAAGACAGCGGGGCCUCAGUCGUCAUUAUUUGAAACAAAAUCUAGGUCAGAAGCCCACAUCCUCUGAGUUGGAAUGAAUUUCUCUCAAAUUCACUCAAAUUCAAAAUGCGGGGAAUUGUAUAACUCUUCUCCCAAAGGGAAGUCUAAAGCAUAGAAAAAUAAAACAAUGGCACCUGAGAAAUAUUUUAAAUAUUUUUCCAACCAGUUGGACACCAGUGCUCCACAGUCUCGUGCCCAGUCAGGAUUUGCAAUGUUUAAAAUACCUAAAAGUUUUCUUUUUCUUAGAGGGGAGAGAUAUGGACAUAUAGCAUUAGGGUAAAAUUCAGAUUUGGAUUACCUAACAUUUUGCUUUAUGUUUUCAGUUCUAAAUAGGAGUUUGCAGUUUUGUGAAACACUUUUUUUUUUUUUUUUUUUUGAAAAAGCAAGCAGAGGCCACUCACCGUGAUGGGCGCUCGGGGGUGGAUGGAAGUGUUGGGUCACUCUAUUGCACAGCAGGAACUAACACAACACUUUUGGUUACCUGGAAUUUAAAAAAAUCAUCAUAAUUAAUGAAAAAAGAAAGGGAAGUAUCAAAUGUAAUUUAUCUGAGGCAUCUCAACAUAAGUGUUGAGUGCAAAGGUUUUGUGGUGUUUUUAAGUAAGUUUACACGGUAAUAAUAAGAACAGAAUUCUGCCUUAAGAAACCCAUGAAAGUCAGACACGAGUAACACUGUAUUGGUUUAAAAAGCAUGAAGCAUCGCUGUCAUUUAGUGAUAAAGGACAUGAAAGUUGCCUAUUUUCUCUGAAGUUUGAAGAUGGCGAGGUCAUCCAGCUGAAUCAUCUGGAACUCGGGCUCCUGUUCUAUCUCCCCAUGUUUGGACUUGAGCCGUAGGAUUGGUAGAGAGAACCGUGAUGUUAAAACUAGCAGAAGUCUCGAUGAGGCUCCGUCAGGCAAUACUUCUCCUUCUUGGCUGCCCACUUGUUGAAAGACCGUUUAAUCAGCUGGGGUUAGGGGGAAACUUGCCAUGCUGUGAGAUUUUAAGUCUUUGUCUUGAGUGUAUACAGGUCCCAAUUUGGGGGAAAAAUGUAUUUUCUUCUUCCUAUGUAAUGUUCCUGAAUACCGGUCUGAUGUGUUGUAAGAUGCUAUAAUAUAUUAAAAUAUUUUUGUACAACA